AUGAGGUUUGUUACUGUCUGUCCUCCUGUUGACUUCGUUCUAACAAAUCAUCAUAUAUGGCAAAUGUACGAGAAAGCCGAAGCAUCAUUCUGGACUGCUGAGGAGAUGGAUCUCUCAAAAGACAUCCGGACAACUUCAACAAAGGCUGCUCACCUGACUGGACGAACCGUCUUAAUGACAACGAACUGUCAUUUUGUUUCACACGUCCUCGCCUUCUUCGCUGCAUCCGAUGGCAUUGUCAAUGAAAACCUCCUUGAACGUUUCUCCAAUGAGGUCCAGGCUGCUGAAGCCCAGUGCUUCUACGGCUUCCAAAUUAUGAUGGAGAACAUUCACUCUGGGACCUACUUACUUCUCAUCGACACUUACAUCAAGGAUUCCGCCCAGCGCGAAUACCUCUUUGACGCCACGGAAACUAUUUUUGCUGAGCACUUGGUCGCCUUCGCUGCCAUCGAAGGCAUCUUCUUCUCUGGUUCUUUUGCGUCCAUCUUCUGGCUGAAGAAGCGUGGUCUGAUGCCUGGACUUACGUUCUCCAACAAGCUCAUCAGCCGUGAUGAAGGUAUGCACAUCGAUUUUGCUUGCUUGCUCUUUAACCACCUCAAGCGUCGCCCGCACCCUGAUAUUGUUAAGUGUAUCAUUAUUCAGGCUGUUCUCAUGUGCCAGUACAUUGAGUUCGUCACAGACCGCUUGUUGGUGUCGCUGGGCAACGACAAAGGGAAGACCAACUUCUUCGAGAAGCGCGUGUCAGACUACUCAAAGGCGAACGUCAACCACACGAAUGCCAAGACCGACCAGGUAUCGAGCAAAACUUUGUGA